AUGCCUGAUUUUAAGCAAUGGAAAAACAAUUUCAAAAAUCGAAUAAACAAUCCGGAGUCCCAGAGACGUAUGGUCUUAUGCGUUGUUUGUGUUGCUCUCCUGCUGGACAAUAUGCUUUAUAUGGUCAUUGUCCCGAUAAUUCCAGGCUAUCUAGAAGCGAUGUCUGCCAUCUCUCACAAACAGUUUAUCUGGACCAAUGGAACCUAUUCACAGGAGGUAUCAGCGAACAGUCCAAUCAUUAACGCGUCCACCGGACCGUAUCAGAUCAAAUGGAAAGUGCAUCAUUCUGAUGCUAAAAUUGGAACUUUGUUCGCAUUCAAAGCAAUCAUCCAGUUGUUAUUUAAUCCUGUCUCCGGAACUGUUAUCGAUCGAAUGGGCUAUGAUGUGCCGAUGAUGUUCGGAUUGUGUGUGAUCUUUGUGUCUACUUCUUUGUUUGCAUUUGGUCAUUCGUACGGAGUCAUGUUUAUCGCACGUGGAUUACAAGGCAUGGGCUCCGCAUUUGCUGACACUGCCGGUCUGGCCAUGAUUGCAGAUAGAUUUACGGAGGAAGCUGAACGUACUAAGGCCCUGGGUAUUGCCUUGGCAUUUAUUUCGUUUGGCUCUCUAGUAGCUCCUCCUUUCGGUGGGAUACUUUACGAGUACUGUGGUAAAGAAUUACCAUUUAUUACCCUAGCAUUUGUUGCACUGCUCGAUGGAUUCUUGCUCAUGGCGAUUAUGCAACCAGUACGGAUUGAACGAACUGUAAUGAAAGCCGAAGGAAAUCUGCCACGUGGAACUCCAAUUCAUCGGCUUUUGAUGGAUCCUUUCAUAGCUAUUUGUGCCGGGGCACUGGCGUUUGCAAAUAUCUCGUUAGCUUUUCUUGAACCAACUAUCUCCAACUGGAUGUCAGACACUAUGCAAGCGACCGAAACGCAAGAGGGUUUGGUCUGGUUGCCCGCAUUCCUCCCACAUUUGGCUGGUGUCAUUACGACAGUAAAACUGGCACAGAAAUAUCCAAAGUAUCAAUGGCUCAUGGCUGCCAUAGGAUUAGCGAUUGAAGGAAUUAGUUGCUUCUUCAUUCCAUUCUGUCGACAUUUCGUGGCUCUGAUGGUCCCCAUUGGUGUUCUAUGCUACGGGAUCGCGUUAGUUGAUACGGCUAUUUUGCCAACUAUGGCAUUUCUCGUGGACAGUCGUCACGUCUCGGUCUACGGCUCGGUGUAUGCUAUUGCAGAUAUCUCAUACAAUUUGGCUUACGCGCUUGGUCCAAUCAUAGCCGGUGGACUGGUUCAAACAAUCAACUUUCUGGGUUUGAACAUUUUUAUCACUCUUUCUACUUUGACCUACGUUCCAGUAUUGUAUCUGCUACGAAACUGUUACUCCGAUGAAGCUAUAUUACAAGCAAGUCGUGAGCUACGUCGUAAGAGUACCAUCUCGUUGGGCCCGGGAGCAGGAGCGGCCGGAAAGGCUUACCGUGAUUCUAUUUCAAUGACGGAUACACAAAAGGACACCAUGAACUAUCCUGGCUACGAACAAAGUCAACCGUUUGAGCAAACUCGACUAACGGCUAAUCAAUUUGGUACCAAUCAGACCAAAUCUGUGCCCAAUGACUUGCCCAUGACCCAACAGGAUGGAUACGGUUACGGUUAA